GCGCGCGCGAGUUCAGUUGCUUGUGGCCUGCACGCGCCGCGCGACACCAUCGAACGCUGCUAUACACUUGACCCAGAGCGCUCACUCGACGACGACGUCGUGGCCCGACCGAUUCGUUGCUGUUCUCCGCGCGUUAAUCCUGCGUGUAAUCACGCGCUCUGCCUGCCCGCCGCCGCGCCGCGAGACAGAGUGUGAUCAGUAUAGUAGUGCAUGUGCGCCGUUGUGUGCCUUAUGUGUUGUGUCGUUCGUCGCCGUCUUGCUCCUUUUGCCGGACGCAAGCCUCGUUCCAAGUAUUAUCAAUCAUGAGUUGAUGAUUGUGCUGUUUCAACGCUGUGUUUUUUUUCGUUUUUGUUUGUUUCCUCACCCUUUUUUUUGUUCGUUCUUUCGUUCGCUCGUUCUGCACCAACCUGCAUCCCCUUUCUUUCCCCUCGCUCGUUUGUUCGAGAUCGUUUGAUUGUUCAUUCGCGUUUGAUCGAGAGAAAUACGUGUUAAUGUAAUUACAUGUUGUUAUUAGUCGUUAUUUUGUGUUUUUGUGUUCCGCGUGAAUAAAUACGGUCAAGCUCGUCUUGUGUGCGGCGGAAUUUGUUGUCGCGUCGACACGCGCGGGUCUCCUCGUUCGUCGUUUGCACGUCGAUUGCCUGCGAUCGAUAUCGACUUUCUCCCGGACAACACCACUACUACUCGCCUGACGGAGAAGCUGCUGAUUUAAUCGCAGUGAUUCUGGCGUUCGAGAAAAUCACGGUUCAGGGUCCGAUUCCUCCUCGCGCUCGCACCGUUUGAGCGAGCGUCUACAAGCCUCGUGACGCACAGCUUCAGAGGACGGAUAUCAUAUUAUCACCAAGGAGCAGCCAUCCAUUCUUGGGACAACUUGUCACUCGAUAAAACCAGGCUUCAUCUACUGGUGGUACCGAAGGCUCAAGUCCAGCCUCCAGUCCUGCAUCAGCAGCAAGUUUAGCUGCAAUGGCAGCCCCAAAAUUUGGAACUCUUGUACCAAACAGAAUUUUUGUUGGUGGUAUAUCACCAAGCACAAGUGAAGCAGAAUUAGCUCAGUUAUUUUCUGCUUAUGGUACUGUCAAAGCUACAAAAAUUAUUGCUGAUAGAGGAGGAGCUUCAAAGGGCUAUGGUUUUGUGACUUUUGAAACAGAAGAGGAAGCUAAACGUCUGCAGCAAGAGUCGGAAUGCAUCAUACUCAGAGAAAGAAAAUUAAAUAUUGCACCAGCAAUAAAAAAGCAAUCAUUUAACCGUUCGUUUGAUGGAGGAAGUGGAUCUCCUCCUGUUGUGCCGACUAGUACUUAUUAUUAUGCUAAUGGAAUGGGUCUUCCGUAUCAAAAUGGAAUGACUUUUUAUAAUGCAGGAGGUCCUGCCCCUGGUGCGGGACUAGCUCCUCCUACAGAUCCUACAACUUUGUAUCAAGCAGCAGGAGUGUUUGGGCCUCAAGCAUCAUCCAGUCAUCAAACAUUUGCACCAAUGAUGUAUCCUAUGCCAACACCUUCAAUCUACAUGCCACAACAAUAUCAAUAUUCUCCAAUGCCUUAUGAGCCAUACUUCCCCGGGGCGGCUGCGGGUGGACCGCCUUUUAUGUACACGUCAAACGGAGGCGGUAGUCAGAAUCAAUCUGGAGGCGGAAGCACUGGCAACAGCAGUGGAACAGGAAAUGGGGCUGGGAAUAAUUCAACUCCAUAUCAAAGUCAUCUUUACGGUGGAGGGCCAAACUCACAUCAUGCAUUAACAGCUGGAUCAAGUGGAUCUCAGUCAGGACCACCUCAGUCUCAUCAAAUGGAACAUAUAUAUUACUCUUAUCCUCCACCACAUGUACUACCACAGCAUCAGCAUCAUACUGGACCUUUAAACAUGGCUGAUCAACAACUGCUCAUUUAUUCUGAAAUAGCUGUACCCCCACCUCAGCAAGGAUCUGCCAAUGAAUCACUUAUUAAUCAAGAGGAGACUCAUUCGACAUCGAGCCACCUCUCAGCGGAGCAUCAUCGAAGCGGCAACAGCAACGUGACCUCGGACAGCGGGGGCGGUGGCGGUGGCGGAGGCGGCACAAAUAACACGAACGCCCAGCCACCAGAUCCGUCGUCCGCUGGCACCGGGCCUCAUCCCAAGUAUCCUCGCUAUCCCUCCGCCAAUUUCCACCCCGUGAGUAACCUUCAGGAGGUUCCACCCCCUCCAGCCCCUCUCGCGCACAGCGCGCUAGACUUAGCCGAGGCGCAGUCGAGCGAGCAGAAAUCUAGUCUGCAUUACCGCGGCCUGGCCAUGUAUCCACAAGCCGUGUAUCAUACCCAGUACCCCAGUCAGGCAACUAGUCUUCUUCCCACUCCCUCCGUACAGCCGCAUUCCUAUCAUUCGUCUUCGACGGGCAAGUACCCCAGAGCUCUUAUGCAGGGCUCGGGGCCUGUUUACGGCAAGUCUUACAUCAGUCAUCCACCGCCUCAGUCGCAGAAGUAUCCGCGGGUCUCGACUCCUCCCGCGCGUCUGCAACAGCUCGGCCGUCGACCCUCGGCUCCUGGUCCACAGCAGCAACAGCAGCAGCAACAAAAGCAACAGCAACAUCAGCAACAACAGCAUCACCAACAUCAGCAACAACAGCUGCCGCCAACGCUAUACGUGCAUAAACCAGCCGCUUGUCAGUUCGGGGCGCGAUCUCUCGCGACAGGCUACAUCUAUCAACAGCCAAUUCCCGCACCGUACGGACCCAAGUAUGGCUUCGAGUACGCGCGAGCCGAGCGUCCUCAGCGCAGGCUCAACGUGAACAACUACCGUGGCUCCAACCUCACGAUGAGCUCCGCCGAGCCCGCGAGCAAGGACAUUCCGAGUAGUGUUAAACAGCAGCCGCAACAACAGCAGCAGCCACAGACACAAGCGCAGCAAUCCGAUAGUAACGCGAACGUAACUGCUUCCGAAUCGGGUGACGCGAUCGAAACCGUUGAUGCAAACAGCAGCGCACUCGCUACCACUAACACACCGAUCACUUCGAACACGAGCCCCGCGAAUACGUCGUCGAAUCCUAAUCCGAAUCUCUCACCAUCUCCCAAUCCCACCCAGGUCCAAUCGUUCGGCAGUCAGCAGCAACAACAGCAGCAGCAACAACAACGCUUCAAUGGUCAACGAGGGCCAGGCAGGUAUCCACCGGGUGGCGCUUCCGGAGUACGUGGAGCUCCUAAGUCCAGCGCAGUGCGCCAGUCCAAGUUCAAGAUCAACGGCGUUAACCCAACGACCACGGCGACGUCAACGGCCGGAUCGGUGUCAGCGGUGACAACGAAGCAGCAGCAAAGCGAGGAUGCAGGGGGCGGCGACGCUCCGGUCUCGAUAACGAGGCUUCCUCUCACACCACCAGGAACGCCCCAGCAGCAGAGUCCUAACAGCGGUGUUAUCGGUAGCACCGAGCAACAAAUUCAAGAGUCGUGCCAUCAAAUUCAGGCUCUCAGUCUUUGAGCCUACAUCUCGAAAAUAAUACGCUUCGCUCUCUUCCUCUUCUCUUCUCUCUACGGUUUCUGUUAUCUAUCUACAUACAAUUUCAAAGUCAACGCAUCGUACUCGACUGUCGACGAUGAUCGAUUCAACCAUCGCUUUCGUUUCCUCUCGAUUCUGAGCUCGAUGGCGAUGGCGCGUCAUCCGCUCUCAACGAUUUCUACACGAAGAGAGAGGAAGAGAAAGAGCAGUCUCGGGCAAGUAUGAGUGUAUAUUUACGCUAGCAUGUUUACGAGCCUCAACGUCUAGAUAGAGCGCUCUCGCAAUUAUUUGUGCACGCGAUGUGAUCUCAAACGUACUGCGCAGCGAAUGUCUGAUUAAUCGUUAAUAUAUACAUAUUCAUACCUAAAUAUGCCCACACACGCACACACGCACGCAUGACGUAAAUAUGAGUGUACAUAUAUUUACAAUAAAUAAAUGAAGAAAUGAACGUAUAUACACGUUAUACACGUUAUACACGUUAACACGAUAAUAUGUAUCUAUCACUUACGUUACAAGUGGGUGUGUGCGCGCGUGAAACAAAUGACGAAGAUAAUUAUUAUAUUAUACACUAAAAAAUAUAUUAUACAAUAUAUUAUUAUAUAUCAAGAUAUAUAUUAUGUAUAAGAAUGUACGUGCAGCGUGUGCGCGUUCUUUUACUGCGCGACACAUGAUAUAAAGAUGAGGAUGUUAAAACGUUCCAUCGAACAAAAUCUCGGUGACUUGUUGAUUAUUUAUUAAGCGAUCAUAACUAUAACGACGAAUUAAAAGAUUAAUAUAUUCAAAUUGAGCGAGUGAGAGAAAAUUAUAAAACUUCAUGAACGUUAAAUAUUAAAAUGAUAUGAAUUGUGUAUGUGUAUACACGAGUAAAAGUUAAAAUAUUCUAGAUGUAAUGAAGGCACGAUGUAUACAGAAAAUACUUAAAAGAUAGUAUACAUGCAUACCAUGUACUAACUCUCACGAACUUACACGGGUAAAAAAUCGUAAUACAAUAUUAUCAGCAAAAAUUCGAUUUUUUUUUCAUGUAGACAAAAUGUAUAAAAACGCACUUACGUGUGUAUUAACGAUGUCGAUUACGCGUACGUGUUAAAAGUCUCGAAAAGUAACGUGACGUGCUUGCGUGUAAUAAUGCAUGAAUGAGCGAUAACAAUAGGUUCGACUGUUAAAAAAAAAACAUAAAAAUAAGAAUCUCACGAGAAAGACUAUAUACAUAGACGGAACGUUUUAGAGGCAGAUUCGAAGAAGCGUUAUCGCGCAAAUACACUCGCAAAUGCACGUAAAUUUAUACAAAUACAGAAACAUGCACACACGAUUACGAACAUUCAAAAAUUCAAACAAUGCAAUACACACAUUUAUACAUGAUUGUGUUGAAAAAUUAAGAGGUCUUUGCGGUUGAUCGAGAGGACAAUUACAUAGUUCGUUGAUAAAGUAAAUACAGUUGCUCAAAGCACUGCCACAUUCUUUUUUUCUACGAGAAAGAUAGUCUAUUGUAUCGAACGUAUUAUCUUAUUAUUUGCACUGAAUUUGUCAUUUUCAAAACCAUAAAGAAACAGCCAAAUAUUAAACAUUUUUCUAAUCUAUUCGCUGUAAGAAAUUGUUGUAUGCAUCGCUUGCAAGAUUGAUCAUGUGAACAAUCUAUUGUUACAAAAGGUUGAAUAAUUAAAUAUUACUUUGUAGUAUCAUCAGUCGACCUAUUGUUGAUUACAAUAUGGAGGUUUUGUUUGCGAUUCCAUUCUCAGUUUCAAUUCAAUUCUUUAAGAGAAUGUAGAAAAGUAAGCUAAAAUAUUGAAGCCCCGUGUUAGAAAACGAAUAAAAUAUAUUUAAAAGUGUGGCGGAUUCAAAUGUGUUGGCUGUGAGCUUCCAAGCGAAUAACAAUAAUUAAAUUAUUAUAAUAUUGUAAAAGUUAUAUGAUAUUCUACCUAAUUGUAACGAAUACGAAUUUCUUUUUUCAAAAAGUGGAAAAUUUAUUAGCUCGGUCUUAAAUAUGAUAACUCGAGCAUUGAAUACGUGAACUGGAUACAUUAUUGCCGAUUAGCAAAUUAAAGGUGAAAUAUAAGCGUAAUUUUCAAAAAAUUUAAAAAUGUCAAGAAAAUGCGGAAGUUUCACCGUGAAAUUAUAAACAAAUGAAACUUAACUCGUGUUUACAAAGACUAAAUGACAAUUGCAAAUUUACAAGGCCUAGACAGAAUUAGAAAUUGAGAAUUGUUAUAAGAUUGCAAAUUUAUUAAAUGAAGAGUGCCUUCUAUUUGUUUUUGUGAUUGUACUGUUGAACGUUUGUUAAGUUGCGUUCCCAGAGCCUCUAAAGUUGUUAUAAUAAAUGAAAAUGAUAAUCGUUGGAA